UUGAGUUAGUUUGGAUGCACUAACGCAAAUCUGAAAGCGCGAACUCUGCGUUAUUCUACUCACGAGAAGAAUCAUAUUCCAUUUUUCAAAUUACCAGAAUACCCUUCCCUGUUUUUGUAUUCAUUCAUUAACAUACAUUUUUCUUCAUCCUCUUUCAUCAACCAACUAUCCCAUUAUCUCUCCAUUGCUUGUUGCUACUAUUUCGUAUCUGACAAAACUUCAUGUCGGUUCCAGUGGACCAUAAAGAUCAAGGGGUUGGAGCUGUUCCCCAAUCUACAAGUACACCAAAUUGGACAAUUCAUGUCUCAGAUAUAAAAACGGUUAAGGUAAGCAAUGUAUCAAUGACUGCGACCGAGAAGGAUAUCAAAGAGUUUUUCUCAUUCUCUGGUGACAUUCAAUAUGUUGAGAUGCAAAAGGAAACUGAGAGCACUAAGACUGCAUAUGUUACCUUUAAGAAUUCACAGGGAGCAGACACAGCGGUGCUCUUGACGGGUUCCAACAUAGCUAAUUCUCCCGUCACCAUCACGCCAUUUGAAAAUUAUCAGCUGCCCCCUGAAGCUCAACCAUUUAGUCCUAACCAAAAGCAGACUCCUGCUGCUGUUAAGAAGGCUGAAGAUGCUGUGAGCACCAUGCUUGCCAAAGGUUUUGUUUUAGGAAAAGGUGCAAUUAAUAGAGCCAAAUCCUUUGACGAACGCCAUCACUUGAUUUCAAAUGCUUCUGCCACAGUUGCUUCCAUCGACCGUAAAAUCGGUUUGACUGAUAAACUAAGUAUUGGAACUGCUAUAGUAAAUGAAAAAGUGAGAGAGAUGGAUGAAAAAUUUCAGGUUUCUGAAAAAACAAAGUCUGUUUAUGCGGUUGCUGAGCAAAAGGCAAGUGAUGCUGGAUCUGCAAUCAUGAGCAAUCCUUAUGUAUCAACCGGAGCUUCGUGGGUGUCGAGUGCAAUUACUGUUGUUGCAAAAGCAGCUGAAGAUGUAACCACAAUGACCAUGGAGAAGGUUGAAAUGGCCGAGGUUGAUAAGAAAGAGAUCAUUUACAGUGAAAGGAAGGAUGUAGUUGAUGAAUUGUCACAUAUACACUCUGAGAAACCUUCAGUUGGAAAUACUUCUCCAAAAGAUCCUGUUAAAUCAAGUGAUGAUAGUAGGUUUGGGAUUAUAUGAGACUUGAGUUCAUUCUCAAAUCUCAAUCCUUAACAUUAUGAGUACAGUUGCAUUGAUUUAGUUUUGCUUAGUUAUAUAGUCAGUCUUCAUUCAAAUCUCAAUUUUUUGUGUGAGGACGAUUCUUGUUUAUUGUUAUAGUGAUGUAAUGUAAAAGUUGUCUAACAGUUAUGAAACAUGGAUGAACAUUUAUGAAGAUGUAUUAUUACUUAUAA